AAGACUGCAGCCGCCGCCGUCAUCGACGGUAGUCACCACAGAGACACCGUCACGGGCAGAGAGUGUGUGUCGCGCGCGCUGAAGGGAGCAAAGAAAAAAAAAGAAAAAGUCUUCGCACAGAUUUGCUGCGGACACGGUAGUGCGCGGUUCCAGUAGGAAUUGACGGGCGGACGGAAUCUAGUUGGGAACAGCAGGCCGCGCCGAGAAGUGAAUCGGGAGUGAGGAGACGACGCCAAAAAGGAUCGCCCCAUUUUGAGGUCAAAAGUGCAGUCGACAAAAGAAGGGGAGUCAGCGCGAUAGAAAACGCGAACAAGGAAGAAGAGGAAUAUCUACGGCAGCGGGAGAAGAAGCAGACACAGUCAGUCGGUCCGAGUGGGAAGAAGAAACGGGGAGGAAGAGGAGAAAAAAAAAUCAGUAGGCGCUCUAUCGCCAGACUCGUGAAACUCAAUUUUUCUUGUGGUGCUUGCUCGCUCACGCGUGCGAGUGUGAGUGAGACGGGACGUCGGCACAGCAUUCUCCUCGAGGCUUGUUUGUCAUAAAAGAAGCAGUCGGUGGUGGAGCGAGAGGAAGAAGAAGAAGAGGAGGAAGCAGUGGGAAAAGAAACUACGGCGACGACGAGGAGUAGUACAACCGUACGACGACGACACAGCCGUCGCGCCACAGAGUCACUGACAGCCACUGCGCGGAGUAGUAGUAGCAACACAGACACACAGAAAAGUCGAUCAUCGAGUAUUGACGGUGAAGAAGGCGAGAGAGAGAGUGUGUAAAAUUUUUCCAAUAGUGGUUGAGAAGUGGUCCAGAGCAGCGACUCGGGAAUAUUGUCUUCCAAGAUUUGACUAAUUGAGCACAAUUGUGAGUCGUUCCAGGGAACGAUUACAUGUUGCCGAGGAGCAGCAGAUCAAGCGAAAAGGAAAAUUGAUACGUGCAGACACGGAGUCAAUACAAGUACACGGAUACACACACAGACACGAACGCAGCGACAUUAGACAGGCAGCAUGGAAAGCGGAACAAAAUGAAGCCAUAACACCUACGAAGUUGACGCGAGUCGAACUCGGUUGCCAUCUGCUCGAGAAAACGGCCAAAACGGGUCGGUUCCGGUGCGGAACUGGUUCCGAAAAGCGGUGGAAACCAAGGGGAAGUUCCGAAAGUACCCGGGAACGGAUUCGGUCGGUCCCGAGGGGGUUGCCGGAUCAAAAUAUUUACAUAACAUCCUGAACACGGUGGAACACGGACUGCGGUCAGCCGAAUUGUGUGCGCGAGUGUGUGUGAAUUAGAGUGUUGGGAAGACUACGGAAAACUAAUAAGAAAAAAAAUCUACUGCGCGAAGCAAAGUGAAAAAAAGGUCGAGAUAAUCGCUGGAAAGUGCAAUCAGAAUUGUGUAAGCCAGUAUAGGAAGAAGACGACGGAAUUCCGAAUCCGGAUGAGUGGGCUCCAGCGAACCAGUUGUCUCCUUUUUGCCUUAGUUUCCCUCUUUAUUUGGAUGCUGCUCGCGAGAGCCGCUGCCGUAUGCCCUUACAAUGCGAAAGCUAAGUGUCAACACGGGAGGAAUGUCCAGACAAUCUAAAUCGGCACCGCAAGCCAAGAAGGUGAUGCCCCCGGCUGUUCCGGACGUGUACGGAAGAACGAACGGAACGCAGCAGCAGCAGGGUGGGGACGAGAUACAGGUUGCCGCAGCGGCCCAACAGGAAACGCCUUCAUCGCUAAUGCUACGCUACGAUCAUACGGACUAUGCCGAUGAUCAGGGAAUUGAUCUCACGCAGUCGCCCGGCCGGGACAGCCCGAUCAGCUUGUCCGGAUCGGCUGGUUCCGGUUCGCGGCACUCGACUGCCAGCUUGGACUCGGGCCGGGCUUCGUCGUACCUGACGGGUGCGUCCACCUCUUCGAAUCGAAGCGGUAACGGAGGCUACGGAACGCUUUCGUCGCCGCGAUGUUCGGUCAGCUCGUGCUCGAUCGGAUCGGGGAACCACCGGUUGAGCAACCACUCGAACCGAACCGAUCACGACAUCAUCUCCGAGUGGCUGAUGGAGAUUCACUUCCACGAGUACACGUAUCUGUUCCUGGAAGCGGGGUACGAUCUGUCGACGAUCGCGCGAAUGACUCCGGAGGAUUUGACAGCGAUCGGCAUCAAGCAGCCGACGCACCGAGAAAGACUGAAGCGGCACAUUGACACGCUGAAGCUGCCGGAUGCGUUGCCGAACUACGUGCCGGGUUCGAUCGACGAGUGGUUGCGUCUGCUACGGCUUGAGGAGUACGUCCAGCCACUGCUAGCAGGGUACGUAACGGUGAACGACGUUACACAGCUUACGUGGGAAGAUCUGGAAGACAUCGGCAUCGUGAAGCUGGGUCACCAGAAGAAGAUCCUCCUGGCGAUCAAACGCGUCAAAGACAUCAUCAGCGGAAAGCUGGGCGGAGGAGGCCAAUACGCUACGGUCCCGUUGCCACAGGCUACAACAGCUGCCUUGCACUGUCAACCGACUGGCGUUCCGCUCCGCGGUCAGUUUGACGAAUCGCUCGAAGGUCACAAACAGCUGACCUACUCGACGUUCAUGCGACAACCCACGGAUCCCGGCGCGUACUACUGCCAACAACCGCCGGCCAUUUCAUACCCGCACGUUCACUUUGACGGCACGCAGGCCAUCUACCGCCGCAGUUCGUACGACGACAGUGACAUAACCCCGACGAACGAACUCGGCGACGCACAUCACCUGGCGCAGAUGCACCAGCAACAUCCGGCCCAGCACCAGCAGCCCUACUACCAGGGCGGCGGAACCCUGCCCCGGCAGCAUCAACGCAACAGCUACGGCGUCCGGUUAACCCUGUGCCAGAACCCGAUCGGUCCCGUCGGAACAACCCAACGGCAGCGACCCAUAGCGAAAAUUGUAGCCAAUAACCUUAAGCUGGCGCCCACCUCGGACGGUGGCCGCCCUCCCUACCCGCAACUAGGCCACAUCGAGAACGUCGAAAUGGCCACGGCAGCGCUGGACGCUAUGCACUUCUCCAACUACGCUUCCUUCCCGCACCAUCCGCUUAAAUACAAUCCCGCGACGAGCCAACCUCCAACCUCCCAACAGCCCCAGCCAAUCUACCACAAUCAGAUUAUCCUCCAGCAGCAAGCCGCUGCGCAGCAACAGCAAGCCGCUGCGGCCGCCGCAGCCGCCCUCUACUCCAACUACGCCGGCCAAACGCACCAGACGACGGUCGAGAUUCACAAGACCCAGCACGACAACAAGAGCAACUCCAGCCUCGAGUCGAUCGACCAGAUCCCGUUCGCCAACGAGAACGCCGGCACGAUCAAGCAGCGCUCGAUGAACCGCAUGGUCGAUCACCCCGCGCUGCACGAGCGGCCCCCAACCGCCGCCACCAUGCUCUCCCACUCGUCGUCCUCGACGUCCUCCUCCUCGUCGACGGGUUCCAUCACGACCACCCUGGCCGGCUGCAUCCAGCAGCUGUCGCCGCCUCAGGAAUCCGCCGGCGGCGUUGCGCCCAAUCAAAAUUGCUCAAACAGUGCCAGCGGGCCGGGCUCGUGCAGCACGUCGCCGACGCAGGCCGCGGCCGCUGCGGUCGUCGGAACGAACGUCCUCAACGACAUCGGCAACAUGCUGGCGAACCUGACGGACGAGCUGGACGCGAUGCUCGAGGAGGAGAACCGGGCCGGUAUCAGCGAUAUAGAGUGA